AUCAUUUUGAAAUAUUCUCUUCAGUUGAUCAAAUUCUCUUCUCCCCACUCUCUGAUUCCACCGUAACGACUCUCAAUCAGCUCUCCAAUGGCGGCCGCUCAUUCUAACAGUAACAGAUCCCCGUCCCCGAUGGCUGCCGGCUCCAGGCCUAUCAACCCGAACUUAAGAAAUUUAGAGAACAAUUCGGCGGUCCGGCGAAGUUUCAGCGUCAAACCAUCGGUGUUCACAAAUCCGAGACGACUCGAUCCGACUACACCUGCCAAUAGUCCCUCAGAUUUUGGAAGAAGACACUCUGUGGAUUCUUAUCCAAAAGAGAAGGAGAAUUACGAAAAGGAUCACAACAUAAAACCUUCAAAAUUUCAUCCUUCAGCAAAAGGCUCAAAACAUUUUAUGUCACCUACAAUUUCUGCUGCCUCAAAGUUCACUCCAUCACCCAAAAAGAAAGUGUUGGUAGAGAGGAAUGAUCCUGUACGCACCUCGAUUUCAUUGUCUGAUGGAAAAGCCAUGUUUUAUUCUCCCAUUUCCACCAGAGAUUCAACCAGAGACUCAGUAGAAUUGGAGCCAAAAGCGGAAAUGGAGAAUCACAACAAAGGUCAGGGAAUCGAGUGUUCAUUGAACUCUGAUUUAGCAAGGAAACAAGCUGUCCUGGAGGGCACUCAAGUGUCCAAGUCUUCAAAAAAGGUGUCAUUUGCAGAUGUUUCUUCAGAUUCUCAGGCUGAAUCUCUAUCGGAGUCGGUAAUAACCGAUGCUGAUGGCUGCAAAAUGGAGUUCAGUUCAAACAAUGGGGUAUCUUGUUCGUCGGAUUCUUCUUCCAUAGCUCCACUGGAUCCUGACCCUUCACUGCCUCCGUAUGAUCCUAUAACCAACUACUUGGUCCCAAGGCCUCAUUCUCGUUGUUACAAGCCAAUUCCCAGAGUUGAAGAUCUCAUUAACAAAGAGAAGGGCGUGGAGACUGAUGAAUUGAAGCAGCUGGAAGAUAGCCUUCUGGAAGAAACCGGAGAAGAGGGCAUUCGAAGUGACGACCUACAGUCAGAAGAGUUGGGUGGAAAUGCUUCAGAAGAUUUGGUUUCUUGUUCGUCGGAUUCUUCUUCAAUAGCUCCAUUAGAUGCUGAUCCGUCCUAUGAUCCUAAAACCAACUACUUGGUCCCAAGGCCUCAGUUUCUUCAUUACAAACCUAAUCCCAGAGUUGAAAUUCUCAUUAACAAAGAGAAGGGCCUGGAGGCUGAUGAACUGAAGCAGCUCGAAGAUAGCCUUUUGGCUGAAAUCCUGUCCGAAAGCUUUUCAGACACUGAAGGAGCAGAGGACACUCAAGGUGAUGAGCAGCUGAUCGAAGAAGGCUUGGGUGAAAAUGUUUCAGCAGAUUUGGUUGUAGGAAUGGAAGAUGAAAUUGAAGACAGUCCUCAUCCUCCCGAAUCUUCUGAAUCGUUAGUCUCUGAAGAGAAUUCAGUUAAGGAAAAAGCAAAGAAGAAGCCCCGGUCAGUCUUUAGAAUGAUGUGUUUCUCCAUGAUUAUCAUGUUUCUAAUUGGGUGUGGAUAUGUUUUUGUGUUCCAUUCUCCUGCAUUUGAUGAGAUAUCCUUUGAUGAGAUGAGAUUUUCGGAUGUGAGCGAGCUUUAUCACCGAUCAAGAGUUGCUGCGGCUGCUACAAAAGUGAAUUUUGAUCUGCUUGCAAGGCAUGUUAGUCGGUUCUCAGUGGAUUCUGUGGCUUUUUUCUCCAAUCUGGUUAAUGAUCUUCGAAGGGGGGAGGAUAUCGGCCCGGUGCAAUUUGUGAACCUUUCUUAUGCCUUGCAAGAUGAUGGAUGGAGUUGGGGAGGAGGGAAAUUCAUCGAAAAAGAUGUUGGCAUUGCUAAGGAGAUCGAAAAGGAGGAUGACUUCGAAGAGGAUGAUAAUGAUGCUGAAAAGAAUGUCGUUUCUGAUGAGGAGUCCAAUGUGCAAGAAACUAGUGAAGUCUUGGAUGGCUCUAAAGAAGACAAUGAAAUGGAAGAGGAGCAGGAUGUUGUUGAUGCAACAAUGGACGUAUCCGAAGAUGUGAAAGAAGCAUCAUCAUCGGAAGAAGAAAUUGGCAGCACACCAGUAGACAAUUUAGACAUAAAGUCUGCUGAAUUGCAGCCUGAAACUUUUGAUUACGGCAAUAGCCAACGUGUGGCUGAGAUUGAACUGGAUCAAGUGAAUCUGAAUUCACAUGAUCAAGAUAGCAGCAAACUUUCCGAAACUGAGAAUUCCGAGAGUGGCAGUGAUGGCAUCAUUGAGUCCUCAUCCCCUUCCUCGGACCAGAAGAUCCCAUCAGAUGCAAAUUUUGUGGUCGAAGAAGCUGUGGAAAGUUCCAUCCCAUCUGAUAUAGGCAAGAUCCAGCAUCCCUAUUAUGAAAGAGCCGGUGGGAUCUCUGCUAUCAUAGCUGCUGCUUCCCUGUUAGCUGUUGCUGCUGCUGCCUAUACAUAUUAUUAUCGUCCUCAUACGAAAAAGCGAAGUGUUGCUGUGCAAGAAAAAAGUCCAUUGAAGGUUGUGAGGGAGGAGCAGACAAAGCCAUGUCCUUCGAAGAUGAUGAGCAGCUUUGCUGCAUCAUCGUCUUCGUAUUCGUAUUCGUAUAGUGUGAAGGAGACGACGACGGUGAGAGGGGUAGCGAGUGAAGCUCAAAGCGUGGAGAGGAAGAAGAAGGCAGCAGCGGGGAGGAGGCAUUUCGAAAGGGAGGCAUUGGCGACGAACAAAAGUGGUGGAUCAUCAGAGUAUACGAUGACAGGAGGAGGAUCAGCAUCAGCAUCAGCAUCACCUUCUUCGUAUGGAAGCUUCACGACUUAUGAGAGGAUUCCCAUGAAGAGUAACAAUAAUAAUAGUGGUAAUGGAGGAGGAGAGGAGGAGAUGAUCACUCCGGUGAGGCGAUCAAGCAGGAUUAGGAAUCAUUAUCAUAAUACUCAUAAUCAAGUCACCUCUCCAUAAGGUAGAAUGAAUUGUUGGGUUCAUCAUCAGUAAGUAUGCUUGAUUGAUUUCAUUGCUUGUUUAGUUUUUUUGUUUACAGUGAGUGAGUGAGUGAGUGACUGUCUCACUCCAGUUUUUUAUUAUUGUUAUGAUGAUGAUGAUUCAGCAUUAGCUGCUUAUUAGUAUUAUUAGUAGCAUAGCAUAGUAUUGUAUUUUGAAGUUUGUUCAGUCAGACUAGAGUGUGAUGAGGUAGGAGGUAACAAGAUUUGUUUCAACUACUAAUACUAGUUUUUUCUAUUCA